AUGUCUGUCACCUUUGUCGCCCCCAAGGCAGUCCUUCCCGGCAAGUCGGAGCCUGUCCCGGCCACCGUUACCGUCGACACGAACACGGGCAAAAUCACCGACGUCAAGGAGGGCGUGCACGAUGCGUCUGGCGAUGUCGUCAAGGUGCCUGAGAACCAGGUGCUUCUCCCCGGUCUGAUCGACACGCACGUCCACCUGAACCAGCCUGGACGCACACAGUGGGAGGGCUUUGCGACCGGCACGACUGCGGCCAUCAGUGGCGGCGUCACCACACUUAUCGAUAUGCCCCUGAACAGCAUCCCGCCGACGACGACUGUUGACAACCUGAAGGAGAAGCAGUCCGCGGCGCUCGACACGGGCAUCAGCUGCGACGUCGGUUUCUGGGGCGGCAUUAUCCCGGGCAACCAGGACGACCUCGUUCCGCUGCUUAAGGCUGGCGUGCGCGGUUUCAAAUGCUUCCUGAUCGAGUCUGGCGUCGACGAGUUCCCGUGCGUCCAGGAGGAGGACCUCGACAAGGCCUGCAAGGCGCUUGAGAAGUACGACGGCCCCACGCCGCUGGUCAUGUUCCACGCCGAGCUGGACGAGCACGCGCACGAGCACAAGAACGGUGACGCCAACGGCCACGCCAACGGCAAGAAGGAGUCCAACCCCGAGGCGUACGAGACCUUCCUCGACUCGCGCCCCGAGAGCCUCGAGACUGCCGCGCUCUCGCUCAUCCUCAAGCUGUGUGCUCGCUACCCCUCUCUCCGAUUCCACAUCGUGCACCUGUCUGCUGGCUCCGCCCUCCCCGCCCUCCGCGAGGCCCGCGCCAAGGGAAUCAAGAACCUCACGGUCGAGACGUGCUUCCACUACCUGACGCUCUCGUCUGAGGACAUUCCCGACAACGCGACGCAGUUCAAGUGCUGCCCCCCGAUUCGCACCGAGGCGAACCGCCAGCUGCUCCUCGACGCCGUCGUGAACGGCGAGAUCGACUAUGUCGUCUCGGACCACUCGCCGUGCACGCCCGAGCUGAAGAAGGGCGACUUCAUGAGUGCCUGGGGCGGUGUGUCGGGCCUUGGUCUCGGCCUCCCCCUCCUCUGGAGCGAGAAGAAGGUGCGCCAGCUCGGCCUCGUCAAGGUCGUUGACCUCCUCUCGGGCGCGCAGGCGAAGCAGGUGCGUCUUGGCAACAAGGGCGCGAUCGAGGUCGGCCGCGAUGCCGACUUUGCCAUCUUCGACCCCGAGCGCAAGGUCGAGAUCACCAAGGACGGCCUCCUGUUCCGUAACAAGAUGUCGCCCUACGUUGGUAAGACGCUCGACGGCCGCAUUGAGAAGACGUACCUUGGUGGAAAGCUCGCCUUUGACGCCGACAAGGGCGUCACCCAGAAGGACGGCAAGCUCCAGACUGACGCUGGCAAGAAGUAA